UCCAAAAUGGCCGCCUGGAAAGAAUUUUUGACAAAUGAAGGUUUCGAAAAACUGAAAGAAGCGAGGCAUUUCGCCGACGAACUCGCUAAAGAUGAUCCUGAUGAAGAACCAUAUCGGUCUUUGUAUAAGGCGAGAGAUCUUUUGAAUAGUGUCAAGAAGGUCUUGAAGAAAACUGCCGACAAACGUCAUUGGGACGCGGAUUUCUAUUUCGUUUGGUGUGCUCUGGAACUGAAACUAGGUACCAUAUACAUAGCAACAGAAGAAAAAGCAACAGGUGAGGAGCAUUUACUGGGAUGUCUUGAAAAGUUGGAGGAUUUCAAGCUUACAAAGGAAGGAAUGGGCAUAUACCAAGAUACCCUUAAUCAGAUGGGAAUUCUCUGGUCAGGCAGAGGGAAGCCAGAAGAGGCCUUGGACUACUUCAAACAGGCCGAACUAAUUUAUGUUGACUUUAAGUCUAUAGUAGGAGGAGCCCCAUUUAUGAUUGAUGAGUUUCUUACAGCGCCAUCAGAGGAAGAUUCUGAUAAACGUGAGGCCGAGCGAAAGGUAAAAUUUGAGAGUGCCUACACCCAUACACUGUUCUAUUUUGCACAGGUGUAUCAGCAGCUUGGUGAUGCUGAAAUCUCAGCGCAGUAUUGUAACCUGACCUUGCAGAGGCAGCUGGAUUCCCAGUCUCUGGACCGACUUGAUUGGAGUCUGCACGCUGCUACUUUGUCACAGUAUUACAUGACCCAGAGAGACUUUAACAUGUCUAGGCAUUGCUUGGCUAGUGCUGAGGUGGUAUUUCAGCAGGAGGAGGCCAAUGAUGUGACAAACUGCCCUGAUGAAGUUAAGGAAAAGAUGCAACAGGCAAAAGCAGAUAUCAUCAGGUGUUGGAUAAAGUAUGCUCUUGGACUAAUGGAUUAUUCUAGGGAGCAACUGCUGCAAGAGGCAGCUGGUAAUGGUGAAGAAGAAGCUAAUGAUUAUAAAGCUGAUGGAAGAGAUUCUGAUAAGGAAUCUGAGGCCAUUGGGGUACAACAAGCUUCUGAUGCACACUCUGUUCAUAGUAAUGGUAAGGUAGAUGAAUCUGAGGAUACUAGCAGGGAAGAGAACGAUCCCAUUAUUGCUGAUGAAAGUGUUGAACAAAAUGAAACUGAACAAACAAGUCAAGAAAUUAAGAGCACUGCAAAUGAAAAUGAUCAAACCUCUACUGAAAAUACAGGUGAAGACAAAAAAUAUGUUGUAACAGAUAACACCAGUCAACAUGAGCAAGUGGUGUUAGACAAAGAAAAUGACGAGGAAAAAAAGCAAUUGGAACGAGAAGCUAUUUCUAAAAGAAGUGAAUUGUUGAGGAAAGAAGCUAUGAAAAAGGAUGGUAAAAAAUUCAACUUGGAAGUGACAUCCCACGAAGAAAAAAUCACUGACAAACCUUUGAAAACAUUUGACGAGGCAAGGGAGAUAUUUCUUAUUAUUAAAAAAUGGAUCGAGCAGGCUAAGGAAUUCUACAAACUUGAUCACCACUGUCCUGAUUAUGUUGCCAUUGUUCAAGAUCAUAGUCUUUCCUUUAAAUUUCUGUCAUUCUUUGAACUUGACAUGGAGAGGCAGUGCAAGAUGCAGAAACGAAGGAUUGACAUGCUGUCUGAGAUACUUAAUGAGUUGAAUCCUCAACACUAUUUGCUUGUCUGUAGGCAACUCAUGUUUGAGAUUGCAGAUACCUAUAGUACUUUGAUGGACUUAAAAAUGGCGAUAUUAGAAGCCGCCGGGGAGGGGGUAAGGCCUACGCCUCAUCAUGUCAAGAAGAUCAACUUACUGGUCAAGGAGAGUAUAAAGUAUUACCAAGAGUACCUAAACACUUUGAAGGGAGGAAAACCAGUAUAUCCGGAUGAAUUCCCAAACAAUGAUGUUCGGCCAGGGCUGGUGGCAAUGUUCUGCAUGGGACGGCUUUAUUCCAAGUAUAUUCCCGGCGAUGUUCAAACUAGACUGAUGAACAUUAAGAAGAGCAAAGACUGCUACCAGUUUGUCGUUGAUUAUUGCAAUAGAAACCGGUCUGCAAAGGCUUUGGUGGAAGGCGAGUAUCAAAUAUGUAAGGAAAUGGUGGAUCUACUUCCAGCAAAAAUGGAAAAAAUACGGCUAGAAGCAGAAACAUGAUUGUGAUAAUCAAUGAUCUAUUUAUUUAAGUAAUAGGUUUUUGUUCAAUAUAGUGAUGCAUUUUGACAUUUGGGAACAGUAUUUUUGCUUGAUCCUUGUUGGACAAGAAACUUUAAACUGCAAUAUACAUCAAAAGAUAAAACUUAUAACUGUAAUCAUAUUACAACUUAGUAUGAAUUUAAUAGAACAUUUGCAAGUCACUGCAGGAUAAUAAGGUAUCCAUAGAUUCAGUGUACUUGUUUUUGACGAAUACAAAUUUUAUUCUAUGUCUUUUUUUUAGCUCACCAGAGAACAUUGUGCUCAUGAUAGCUUUUGUGAUCUAAUUUUGUCCAUCAUGCGGAGUCAACAUUUUCCUUGUAAACGCUCUUGGACGAGUUGGAAAAUGGUUUGGGUUGAUUAAAAAACAUGUCCGCCAGAGGGCAGGGCAUUUUUCCUUAUAUGGCUAUAGUAAAACCUUGUUAACAUUCUAGAGGCCACAUUUUUUUCUGAUCUUCAUGAAACCUGUUCAAAAGAUUUGUCCCAAUGAUAUCUUGGACGAGUUAGAAAAUGGUUCCGGUUGGUUGGAAAACAUGGCCACUAAGGGGCAGGGCAUUUUUCCUCAUAUGGCUAUAGUUAAACUUUGUUAACACUAGAGGCCACAUUUAGUGUCCGAGCUGCAUGAAACUUGUCCAGAAUAUUUGUCUCGAUCAUAUUUUGGACGAGUUUUUGAAUGGUUGCAGUUGGGUGGAAAAAUUGCCACCAGGUGGCUGUGCAUUUUCCCUUAUAUGGCUAUUGUUAAACCUUUUUAACACUAUUAGUAAAACCUUGUUUACACUCUAGAGGCCACAUUUAUUGUCUUAUCUUCAUGAAACUUUUUCAGAAGAUUUGUCUCAAUUAUAUCAUUCGCAAGUUCUCAAAUAAUUCUGAUUGGUUGAAAAACAUGGCCACCAGGGGUGUGCAAUAUAUUUCCUGUUACGGCUUUAGUAAAACCUUGUUAACCCUGAACACUCUAGAGUCCACAUUUAUUGUCUGAUCUUCAUGAAACUUGGUAAGAAGAUUUGUCCCAAUGAUGUCAAGUUCUAAAAUGGUUCUGAUUGGUUGAAAAACAUGGAUGCCAGGGGGUUAAGGCAUUUUUCCUUAUAUGGCUAUAGUAAAACCUUGUUAACACUAUUACAUUUGUUCACAAUUAUUGGACGGUGUGUCAAGCGAAAGAAUUACGUCGAUAUCUCCAAGGUCAUCUCCAAGGUCAAGGUCACACUUGGAGUUCAAAAGUCAAAAAUGGCCAUAAAUGAGCUUGUCCGGGUCAUUACUAUGUCAUUCUUUGUGAGAUUUUAAAAUGACUCUGUACAUUAAUUUUGUUCACAGUGAUUGGAUGGCGUGUCUGAUGCAAAGAAUAACAGUUCAAAGGUCAAAAUGGCCAUAAAUGAUAAUGGCAUAAUAAUUCUUUAAAAUCGCCAUAAAUUAGCUUCUCUUGUUUUGUGAAGACAGCAUGCAAAAUAUUCUGUGUCAAUGCAGCAUGUGGGGGCCACACGUCAUGUCUGUGACAAAGCUCUAGUUAUAAAUAUUUUUGUUUGAAAACCUGGUUUUGUGACAAUUUUGUCCUUUGUUUUAAUUAUUUCAUUGGCAGUAAUUGCAUAUUGUUUAAUAUGCUGUUCACCCUUUUUAUGUUCCUUUUACUUUUUCCUUUUUUUUUUCCCCGGAUCGAAUGAUCGGGGGUAUAUUGUUUUUGGCCUGUCUGUCAUUGUAUGUGUGUGUGUGUGUGUGUGUCCCGAAACUUUAACCAAAACUUUAACCUUGGUCAUAACUUUUGCAAUAUUGAGGAUAGCAACUUGAUAUUUGGCAUGCAUGUGUAUCUCAUGGAGCUGCACAUUUUGAGUGGUGAAAGGUGAAGGUCAUCUUUCAAGGUCAAAGGUCAAAAACAAAAUUCAAAAACUUCACCGAAAACUUUAACCUGCUUCAUAACUGUUGCAAUAUUGAACAUAGCAACUUGAUAUUUGGCAUGCAUUUGUAUCUCAUGGAGCUGCACAUUUUGAGUGGUGAAAGGUCAAGGUCAUCCUUUAAGGUCAAAGGUAAAAAAAAAAGUCAAAGCGGCGCAUUAGGGGGCAUUGUGUUUCUGACAAACACAUCUCUUGUUUGGUAGAUUUCUGAUUAAGACUAAUAUAUAUGAAAAAUGUUUAUAUAUUUUUUUUAUCUUGAUUUUUAUGCACCCUUUCGGAGAAAAGGGGAUACAUAGUUUUCACACUGUCCGUCUGUAAGUCAGUCUGUCGCACUUUUCAUGUCCGCUCUCUAAUUCAAAUAGUUUUCAUCCGAUCUUUACGAAACUUAGUCAGACGUUGUAUCUAGACAAUAUCUAGGUCAAGUUCGAAUAUGGGUCAUGCCGGGUCAAAAACUAGGUCACAGGGUAGAAAAAACAAAUCCAAUGGAAGUAAUAAGCUUUAAAUGGACAUAAUUAUCUGACCUGCCAAAUUAAAUAUUUUUGUUAAAUAAAUCAAAGCGGCGCAGAAGGCGGCAUUGUGUUUCUGACAAACACAUUGUGGUAAAAGGUCAAGGUCAUCCUUCAAGGUCUAAGGUCAAAAAUCCAAAUCCAAGGGAAGUAAUAAGCUUUAAAGGGAGAUAAUUAUUCAAUAUUGAACAUAGCAACUUGAUAUUUGGCAUGCAUGUGUAUCUCAUGGAGCGUCACAUUUUGAGUGGUGAAUCUACAGUCACGGUGGUUGCUUUUAAUUAUUUGCUUCUAAAAAUAUAGAGAUUAUAUAUUUCUUUACCAAGAAUUUAAGUUCUUUUCACAGUUACUGUACAUAUUUUUUAUUUUGAUUAUUUAUGACUCAAAUGAUUGAUUUGUCAAAGUUUUUUUUUAAUGAUAUAAUUAUCAUUUCUUUCCUGUACUAAUUUGUGAACGGUAGGGUUCAUUACAUACCUGUGGGCUUAUGUCCAUAGAUACAUGAUGAACUCUGGCUAUGAUCUCUUUGAUAAACCACAGGCCUUGGUUGUCAGUGAUGUCUGACUUGGUCAUUUUUUACUGUCUACAGACCCCCACCACCACCACCCAGGUUGGAUUGGACAAAAUCCAAGGGAAGUAAUAAGCUUUAAAGGGAGAUGAUUUCUAUACCUGCCAAUUGAUAAAUAGAAAUUUUAUUUCAAAGCGGCGCAGUAGCGGGCAUUGUGUUUCUGACGAACACAUGUCUUGUUUAUGGUAUGCUAUGAUAUUAAGCAAAAAAAGUCCAGACUUAUAUUUGGGCACGCCCCCUUCCCACAUUUGAUCUUUUACAAGACUCUGUUAAAAUUUGACUUAAACUUUCAGAUGGUUUUUAUCUAAGAUAGCUUAUUGCUUAUCUAAGAAUUUCACUAAUGGCACACGUUCAUGGCUGGGCAUUAGUGGCAGAUAUAUUGAAGGCGGACACAAAUUACUGUUUUAAUCAAAAAGAGAUAAAUCAUAAACGCCGCUUUAAGUAAGUAACAUUGUAGGUAUGCAUUCUUGCAUGAGGUAUCUUAUCCACAAUUUAACUUUACAUUACAAUUCUCAAAUUUAUUUUGCUUGUAUUGGAAAUCACUUUUAAAUGUACCUGCACUCAUUCCGAAUUUGUUUAAGCAUUAGUCACAAAACUUAAUUGUCUUUUCAAUUUUGCUUCAGCUUUGGUAAAGAACGACUAAAGAAUGUCUUCUCUUUUGAGUCAGUUACCACUCUAGAGAGCACCUUUCUCAUCCAACCUUGAUAAAACAUGGCCGUAAUGUUAAUCUGGACAAUAUCAAAACGAGUUUGAAUCUUGGUCAUGUUGGUCCAAUAAAUACAUUACCAGGUCAAAUCAUAGAAAAACCUUGUUUCUGCUCUAGAGGUCACAUUUAUGACUCAAUCAUAAUGAACCUUGGUCAGAAUGAUUAUCUCGACUAAAUAUAGGCUAAGGAAGAAAAGGUAAGUAAUAAGCUUUAAAGGGAGAUAAUUAUUCUAUAUUGAACAUAGAAACUCGAUAUUUGGCAUGCAUGUGUAUCUUAUGGAGCUGCGCAUUUUGAGUGGUUAAUCUACAGUCACGGUAGUGGCUUUUAAUUAUUUGCUACCCCCCCCCCCCCCCCCCCCCCCCCCGGUUGGAUUGGACAAAAUCCAAGGGAAGUAAUAAGCUUUAAAGGGAGAUGUUUUCUAUACCUGCCAAAUGUUAAUAGAAAUUUUAUUGUGAAACAUUUCAAUAUUGCAUAAAUUAUAUUAAUUAAGUACAGGUCUAUCCUGUGUCAGUUCACUAGUCUGUUUCUGUGGUAAUGGGUUGUAAAAAUGCUUUGUUGCAUGUUUUUGUUUUGAUGUGUUUAACAUUAGUUGAUUCUCCAUCAAUUUGCUCUGUUUGAGAUGUUAAUUAUUUGCCUAAAACAAGCAUAUUUGCUUUGAACUGUUUGUUGUUAAGUUCUUAUAAUCAUAAUGUAUAUUUAGCUCGACUAUUAUAUAUGAAAUAUAUGUAGUGGAGCUAUCCGACUCACCCCGGUGCUCACCCUGGUGUCGCAUUAGCGUUAGCGUGAGCGUGCAAAUGUUAAAGUUUGCGUACCACCCCAAACAUUUCCUAUGUCCCUUGACAUCAAGCAUUUUGUAAGAAUUAUGGCCCUUUUUCCACUUAGAAUAUGCAUAUUAUUGAUAACUCUAUGUUAAAGUUUGCGUACCACCUCAAAUAUUUUCAAUGUCCCUUGACAUAUUGCUUUUAUAUUUUGCAUACUUCUUUACCAACAUGACCCCAACCUAUAAACAAGAGCAGACAACUGUAUCAAGCAUUUUGUAAGAAUUAUGGCCCUUUAUUCACUUAGAUUUUCUAUGUUAAAGUUUGCGUACCACCUCGAAUAUUUUCUAUGUCCUUUGACAUAUUGCUUUUAUAUUUUUCACACUUCUUUACGAACAUGACCCCAACCUAUAAACAAGAGCAGACAACUGUAUCUAGCAUUUUGUAGGAAUUAUGGCCCUUUUUUGUCUUUAACUUUGAAUUUUUUUUUAAUUUUUGUGUUAAGAUCCACUUUACUCCGUAAGUAUUAAGGCUAUUGCUUUCAAACUUCAAAUACUUUCUUACUAUCAUGAUGUACUGUACCUGGCAAGUUGAAUUUGACCUUGACGUUUGAAUGAUCUUGACUCUCAAGCUCAAAUUAAUAAAUUUUGCCUAAAUUGCCAUAACUUCUUUAUUUAUGAUCAGAUUUGAUUCAUACUUUGACAAAAAAACACUUACCUGACAUACCACAAUGGACUCCACCCAAACUAGCCCCCACGCCCCACGCCCCAACCCAGAA